AUGGCGGCUAUGACUAAUUUGGCAAAUACUAUGCAAGCUAACGCUGUUGCGACCAUGCAAACCAUGGAAAGGAUGGGCCAACUGGCUGGGAACGGUAAUGGAAACGAGAACAAAAAUGGGGAAGGAGACGGUAAUGACUUGGGAGGUGCUCCGAUGACUUUGGCUUCAUUUCUCAAGGUUCAUCCACUAACUUUUAGGGGUUCAACCAACUCCACUGAAGCGGACAAUUGGUUUCGAGCUAUGGAGCGUGCACUACAGGCUCAGCAUGUCUCAGCUAACCAAUAUGUAGAGUUUGUGGCCUAUCAACUGUUAAGAGAGGUACAACAUUGGUUGCAAGGAGAGUGCCAAUUACUGCGACUUCCGAAUAUAGAGAUUCCUUGGGACAUGUUUCAAACGGCAUUCUAUAGGAAGUAUUUUCCGGAAUCAGUGAGAGAAGCUAAGGAGUUAAAGCUUAUGCAUCUAAAGCAAGGCUUGUUGUCUGUGGCCGAUUACACUAGUCGGUUCGAGGAACUCUGUAGGCUCUCUAGGGUAUGUCAAGGUGCCCCAGAUUCCUAUGAGAGUUAA